AUGAAUUGGAAACUAUUCCCAUGCCUUCUGCUAAAUCUUCUUCUUUGCCCUGCCCACUCGAAUAUUCUAGUCAUCGGCUCUGCAAAUGCUGACACAUUCCUUCCAAUUGCUAGACUUCCAACUGAGGGUGAAAAUCUGACGCUGCUUCCAGGCAAACACCCUCAAAUCGAUCUUCCUGGUGGCAAAGGGUGCACACAGGCUGUCGCUGUAUCCAAGCUCACGGAUAAGAGUUGCAAGUUUGUUGGACAGCUCGGGAUGGAUGAUGCGGGUAGUGUGUUGAUCAAGGCUCUACAGGACGCCGGGGUCGAUACUGAGGGCUGUCGCCGUCACAGGCACCUGCCUACUGGGCGUGGGUAUGUCUUCUUGACAGAAAGCGGUUCAGUCAGCGCUGUUGUGAGCGGAGGGAGUAACAUCGAAGGUUGGUCAGAAUGGACUGAGGAUUCGAAAGAGCCAAUAUCCCAAGAAGAGAUCGACAGCCUGUUGGAAGGUGUUACUUGUAUAAUGCUUCAACGUGAGGUACCCGAGUAUGUGAAUCUACUAAUUGCAUCACGUGCCAAACAGAAGGGGGGUAUCACAGUAAUACAAGAUGUCGGUGGUGAAGAUAGACCUAUCUCGGAUGAGAUGUUGCAACACUGCGACUAUUUGAUGCCGAAUGAAAGUGAAUUGCAUAGACUAGCGGCAUCUUUUCCUGAUCCAUCAGCUACCGCUGACAAUUACAUUUCAUGCGCAAGGCUACUGCAGAAGAGGGGAGCCAAAAAUGUUCUAGUCACACGAGGAUCCAAGGGCUCGACGUUGGUAAUGGAAGAUGGCGCUUUGAUAUACCAGCCAGCGAUUGCUGUUUCAGCCGUCGAUGUAAUUGACGAAACUGGAGCUGGAGAUUGCUACCGUGCAGCGUUUGCUGUAGCUCUUUUGGAAGGUCAAAGCUUGCAGGCAUGUAUGAAGUUUGCAAGCGCUGCGGGUGCCUGUUCCGUCCAAGUAAAUGGAGCUGUCCCAUCGACGCCCACACGUGACGAGGUAGAUUACUGUGUUACCAAGGGCAAGCAAACAAAGCGGGUCCUAGUGGUUCCAAGAGGUGGCUACAAAAAUGAUGACUUUCCAUUCCUCAUCGGGUCACGGCUGAAUUCAAUGAAGGACCGCCCGGAAUUGUGGGCACACAGUCUAGAGAAUCCACGUGACUAUGUGAAGCGCCAGGUAACUAUUCCUGGUCUCACAUGUGUCGACUUCAACUAUCCGCAACACUUUCACUCAUGGAGCAACAAAGAGGCAAAGGCUGCGUUAGACGAGGCAGGUUUGGUUGCUGGUGCGGUAUGCUUAAGGUAUCCAAGUAAAUUUGCCCGAGGUGCAAUGAAUCACCCAGAUGUAGAUUUGAGAAAGGAAGCAAUUGAAUUAACCAAAGAGGCUGCUCGAACCGCCAUCGAUUUGGGAUGUUCGGAAGUUGUUGUUUGGUCUGCAUACGAUGGCUACGAUUAUCCAUUCACAGUAGAUUACGAUGAAAAGUGGCAACAACUAGUCGAUGCCUUUCAAGAAAUCUGCGACGCAUUCCCAGGAAUCAAAUUUUCGUUGGAAUACAAGCCAACGGAUGAGAACACACGUUUCUUCACUGUCCCAAGCACUGCUGCAGCCCUCUUGUUGGUGCAAGACAUCGACCGACCAAACAUGGGCUUAACUUUGGACGUAGGCCAUAUGCUUAUGUCCGGUGAGAAUCCGGGACAAUCCAUUGCAAUGGUAGGAAAGCGAAAGAAGUUGUUUGGGGUCCAGCUCAACGAUGGUUACACAAGGCUAGCCGCUGAAGAUGGCAUGAUGUUUGGAUCAGUUCAUCCAUCCAUGGCUCUUGAGAUCAUGUAUCAGCUUUACCGAAGUGACUUUGAUGGUCACUUUUAUUUCGAUACUUUCCCACAACGAUCGGAUCCAGUUGCAGAAGCUGUGUACAAUAUCGAGCAAGUGAAACGAUUUUGGAAUGCUGCCACCUCCAUCUCCGUAGACAAACUUGCGGGCAUUACUGGAGAGCACGAUGCCAUAGGUUCCUUGAAGAUGGUAGACGAAGCUUUGAGAAAGUGA